CGUCCCGGCCGUGGCUGUGUGCAGGUGGGGCACGCAGAAUCAGAGUCAUUACGGCUGGAAAAGACCUCUAAGAUCACAUAGUCCAACCAUCAGCCUGACACCAUCCCUCAGUCCCACAGCUCCAUGUUUCUCAAACACCUUCAGGGUCAGUGACCCCCCACCUCCCUGUGCAGCCUGUACCAAUGUAUCACCGCUCUUCUGAGGACAACUGUUCAUUAAUUUCCAACCUGAAUCUACCCUGACACAACUUCAGGCCAUUCCCUCUCAUCUGUUACCUGAGAGAAGAGGCCUCAGUCCACCUGUGCACGGCAGGGUGCUGUAGAGCAAUAAGGUCUCCUCUGAGCCUCCCCUUCUCCAGACAGAACAAUCUCGUCUCCCUCGGCUGCUCCUCAUAAGACCUGUGUUGUGUUCUGCCACAUUAGCAGCUCCGUGAGCUCUGGCAGCCGUGACAUUUAGGCUGGCAUAGAGCGAGCACCAGGAGGAGCACACAGCAGAGAUGUCAGCAAAAUUCAGCUGCAAUUUCCAUGCUUGCAAUGCUUCGUAGCUAAUUAUGCCUUUAAUAAUCUUCAGUAAAUACAAUUCUAUUCCUCGUUUUCUUCCUAUGUGUUUACGGUAUAGAACCCGAUGUCAUUUGAGCAAGACAAUUAAACCUCUGGUGAAACAUUAGCUUUGCAGCAGAUAUAGGAUUACUUUCUGCAGAAAGAAGCACCACGGCGCUGCAGGGUAAUGAAGCCGAUGUUUGCAACCAUUUCGGGAUGUUGUGGCAGCAAGAUGUAUUUUUGGACUCGAUUUUUAACCAUACAGCUUAAUUUCUGGAGCUUCAAAAUGUAAUGAAAUGUGUUUUGAAAUAUCUGCUGUUCAGCUGUGGAUUUUGGAGCAUCAGGAAAAACCGGGAAUGUGCCUAAUUGCUGCAGAGAGGCCUUGGAGAUGAGUCCCUGAGACCAUUAGGAUGCCCGGCUGCUUUAAAACAACUUUAUUCGCUUUGGCUUCUGCAGUAAGUUUUGCAUCUUUUGUCUUGAUUGUUGUGGCAAUGGGGACCCCAAAAUGGAUGACUGGGAAGAUCCUGUGCAAAACAGGAGCUGAAUUAGUCAACGCUACAGACCCAGAGCUGGUCAAGUUCAUUGGAGAUAUUUACUAUGGACUCUUCCGAGGUGGCAAAAUACGUCAGUGUGGGCUGGGUGGGCGCCGCUCCAAAUUCUCAGUUUUCCCACAUAUGGUGAAGAAACUGAAUACAGGCCUACAUGUGAUGAUAAUAAUGUUCCUUUGUGUGGCCAUUUCCUUUUCUCUGGUCAGUUUUGGAUUCUGCAUUCUUAACGCAAUUAAAGUUCCUUACCGGGCUAUUAAGGGUCCAGCAGGAAUAUGCCUUUGGAAUUUCCUUGCAGGUGGAUUCAUAGCUCUUGCACUCACCGGCUUCAUGGCUGCUGUGAAACUUCACCGCCUCACAGAAAGAAUUGCCAAUUUUCGGGAGAACGUCUUUCAGUUUGUUGUCUUAGAGGAGCAGUUUGAAGAUUGUUUGUGGGUUUGUGUGGCGAGCGCCACAGCACAUGCACUGAAUUUGCUGCUAAUAGCCAUUAGUUGUAUUAAUUUCCCUACAAUUAAGACUAAAACGGAAGAGGCAAAUGUUACAGCCGAAGAUAUCAUGUACUAAUAAAUCUAUAUAAGAUUUCUUUGGUGAAGAGAA